AUGACGUGCCAGCGCAACAAGACGGAGACAUUACGGCCGGCUGGUCUGCUUCAGCCCUUGGAGGUGCCGUCUCAGGUCUGGGCAGAUAUAUCCAUGGACUUCAUCGAGGACCUCCCCAAGGUGGGCGGCAAAUCGGUCAUUCUCACGGUGGUCGACCGCUUCUCCAAGUAUGCUCACUUCAUCGCGCUGGAGCAUCCGUAUACCACAGCAUCCGUGGCCCAUGCCUUCUUCGAUGGCAUCGUCCGUCUUCAUGGUUUCCCCUCUUCGAUCGUCAGCGAUCGGGACCCGGUGUUCACGGGCCAUGCCUGGCGCGACCUCUUCAGGAUGGCGGGCGUCAAGCUCCGCCUGAGCACGACCUUCCACCCCCAGACGGACGGCCAAUCCGAGGUGGUUAACAAGUCACUGGACUCGCGCGCGAAGCGCAAGCUCGGGCCUCGCUACGCCGGGCCCUUCGCCGUCUUGGAGCGCAUCAGACAGGUGGCCUACCGCCUUCAGCUUCCGGCCGGUGCUCGCAUCCACGACGUCUUCCAUGUGGGGCUGCUCAAGCCUUUCCGUGGGGAGCCACCUGUAGGCCCUUCCACGCUUCCUCCGACCUUCGAUGGACGCCUUCUUCCGGAACCGGAGAAGGUGUUGCAGGCGCAGCUCCGUCGCGGGGUGUGGUUCGUCUUGAUCCAGUGGGCGGGACUUCCGGCGGAGGAGGCUACUUGGGAGCAGCGUGACGACUUCUGCCAACACUACCCAGACUUCCAGCUCGAGGAUGAGCUGUUUGCGCAGGCGGGGAGAGAUGUUAUGACCGGUUUAGCUUAUAACCGGAGGAGGCCCACCGGGCAGUAG